CCCGCCCAGCCCGGCAGCGCCGGCCUGAAGUUCGGGCUGUUGCCGCCGGAGCUGCACGCCCGCCUGCUGGACCAGGAGGACUACAAGAGCCGCACGCAGGCCGUGGAGGAGCUGAAGAGGGUGGUUGGAGGCGUCAGCCAGGCUGCGGUGGCCUCCACGCCUGCCCCCAGCCUCCUGGGGCUCAUCAGCUUCCUUUACACCCUCCUCGCUGACUCCAACUUCAAGGUGGUGCUCGGGGCGUUGGAGGGGAUCCAUCUGCUGGCCCUGCGCCUGGGCGACCGGGUCCAGGCCUUCCUGGCGCCUCUGGUCUCUGCUGCUGCUAAAGUCCUGGGGGACAACAAGCUGGCCAUCCGGCAGGAGUACAACCGCCUGUUCCUGCGGCUGAUGAAGGCGGCGGGUCCUCAGCAGGUGCUGGGGCUGCUGCUGCAGCAGGAGCAUCUGCAGCACAAGAACUCCAAAGUCCGCGAAGAGGUGGUCAACAUCUGCAUCGUGGCCCUCCUCACUUACCCUGGUGAGGAGCUGGACUUGGCCAAGCUGGCGUUUGGGCUGGCCCCAGCACUGGUGGACAGCAAGCGCAGGGUCCGGCAUGCUGCCAUGGAAGCUUUUGCUGUGCUGGCGUCUUCCAUGGGCCCCGGAAAAACCGCCCUUCUCUUCAAGGCGGUGGAUGCCGUGGAACUGGAGGACAACGGGGAUGGGGUGAUGCAUGCGGUGCAGGCCAGGCUGGCCAGGAAGACUUUGCCAAAGCUAGUAGACCAAGGGUUUGUAGAGUAUGCCGUGCCCUUGCCAUCAUCUGGUCAUAACAGGGGGUCCUGCAUACCCCCCGGAGCAGAUACAGACUGGUUGUUGAUGGGCGGCAGGACUCAGAGUGCACACAGUUACUGUGGGUAUCAUGCAAGGGACGAUGCUCUGCAAAACUCCAGCUCGCACAGUGCAUGUGCUGACCAAGGGAUAAGUCCAAGAAGAGUCCUGAGUGCGGGCAAAGGGAAAAACAAACUGCCUUGGGAAAAUGAGCACGCUGGAGACAGGGAAGGUGGUUCAGGAGUCAAGAUGCCUUUCACAAAGGGUGUGGAGCAGUUCUCUACAUCAAAUGAUUUUCUUCAUUCUCCAAAAUUAAGGCUGUCUCAAGGAGUACCAGUCAGUGAUGAGGUUUUUUUUAGUAGAAAAAGAUCUUCAAGGAAUCUAUUUCAGAACAGUAUAGAUUUUAACUCUGACCAUUCUUCUGUUUGUGCUGCAGGUGCUAUGGGCUCUCAUCAGCCGCAAAGUUCAGGGAGAUGUGGAACACUUGGAUACACACAGACACGUGGCAAGAGUGGUAGUGUGGACUCUGAUUUACAGUUUUUAGGAUUAAAUAACUGUCAGCAGGAAAAAGUUUGUGCCAGCCUAAAUUUUUCCAGCAAGACCCCGAGAAGUUUCUGCAAUCAAGCAGAGCAGACGCUGUCCUUCCAAGGUCCUAACGCAAGCCAGGGCGCCUUCAUUCUGCCGUCUUACCCCCUGUCAUCGCCCAGGAACAGCCCAAAGCACGUCUCCCCUCCAGCUGACUCCCCAAAGAAGUCACAAGAUAAUACCAUCAGCUUCUCAAACUCCUGGCCUCUGAAAAGCUUUGAAGGACUGCCUAAGCCUAGUGCACAGACGCAGCUGCUCAGUCAGAAGGCAGGAGACAGUACAGGUAGGGGGGAGAACUUGCAGGAGAAACAUGCUCCUCUGCAGCUGAAACCCACCCUGGUGAGACACCCAGCUUCCCGCAGGGGCCUGAACGGGACCAGACCCGUGCCCCCCAUACCCCGCCUCGCUAGCCCGCUGCCCGAUAGGAUCGAUUUUAAUGUCACAAAGUGGAGAAAUGAAGAGUGUGAGGACGUGUGGCUGAAUGAGGUGGAUAGGAAGCUUGCAGCUCAUCUUUCAGAGCUAAACGUUGAUGGCGAGGAAGUGGACCAAGAAGAGAUGCAGAAUUCACUCAGAUCCCUACGAAACAGUGCAGCUAAGAAAAGGGCAAAGCUAAGCAGCAACAUUUCAGACCUCGAAAGUCCCGAUUCUGCUCUUAAACUUGAUCUGUCUGCGGAGUCCCCUUGCCCGAGCGCGGGUUCCUGCAGUGAAAGCGGAAUUUACAGCCAGGAGUCUCUGACCUCGCCGGUGUCCGCAGUUCCGCAGAGGAGGAGAAUAACGUCAGACACCCUUCCACUACUUGGCAGCAAAUCACAGCCUGCAAGACUAUCUUCAGCAAGAAACAGAGACUCAAAUGUGGCAGAGCAGAACUCCAGCACAGAGUCAACAUCUAGUUUUCCAGAGAUGAACAAUCUAGAUUUCAUUUCACCAAGUGUCCUGUCUGAAGAUGCAGUUGUAAUUGUUGGUAAAGGUGUUUUUGGAGGCCCUCCUUCUGCACGGACAUACAGCCGGUCCCUGAGCUGUGUAGCGAACGGAGAAGACCAGGAUGCCCAGGAGGAGACGGAACCAUCAGCAGGGACCUGUGGGAGAGGCAUCCAGCAGAACAGGGCUGCUCAUCUCCGCCUUGACAGGGAGAGAGAGAUAAAAGUUGCCAUGUCAAAAUCUGCCCAAGAUAAGAUGAGACGGAAGAAGAAAGAAGAGAAAGAACAGAGUCAUAAAGAACAUCAGGAAGACAAAGACCCCGAGGAAAAGGAAGGAAACCCUUGGGAAAGGCUUAAACUGAAUGAACCAGAGAAAAUGACAACAGAAAAUGACGUUUCUUUUGGGGCACGAGGCCGCUAUAAAGACCGGACCCCGUCAGUCACUCACAGCCCAGAAAUAAUGGACCCGUCAGAGCUGCAGCCCUUCUCAAAACCCGAAGUGGCGCUGACGGAAGCCCUGACCUUUUUAGCUGAUGAGGACUGGGAGAAGAAAAUCGAAGGUCUGAACUUUGUUAGAUGCUUGUCUGCCUACCAUGCGACUAUUCUGACUGCAAAGCUACACGAAACAAGUUUGGCUGUGGCUCAAGAGGUCAAGAAUUUACGCUCAGGUGUUUCCCGAGCUGCUGUGGUCUGUUUAGGGGAUUUGUUCACCUACCUGAAAAAGAGCAUGGAUCAAGAAGUAGAUAAUACAGUAAAAGUCCUUUUGCACAAAGCUGGUGAAUCCAACACAUUUAUAAGGGAAGAGGUAGACAAAGCACUGAAGGCUAUGGUUAAUAAUGUGACUCCAGCACGUGCACUUUGUUCUCUUAUAAAUGGAGGGCAAAGAUAUUAUGGUCGAAAGAUGCUCUUCAGUAUGAUGACUCAUCCUGAUUUUGAUAAAACGCUUGAAAAGUAUGUGCCGGCCAAGGAUUUGCCUUACAUUAAGGAAUCUGUUAGCAAUCUACGUGAAAAGGGUUUGGGGGAGAUGCCAUUAGAUACACCCUCAGCAAAAGGAAGACGUUCCCACACUUGUAGCGUUGGACAUUCGAGGUCAUCAUCUACUUCCAGAGAUGCUCUCAGCAUCACUGACAGAGAGACUACAGAGGCCCGUGAAAUCACCAGAAAAACAGCUCCUCGUAACGCACUAGAAAGUGAAGAAUAUGUUAAAGACAUUAUAGGUUUAUUGAAUGCAAAAGACUUCCGUGAUCGAAUAAAUGGCAUUAAGCAGCUGUUAUCAGAUACAGAGAACAAUCAGGGCUUUGUCAUUGCAAACCUUGUGAAGAUCUUUGAUGCUUUCAAGUCUCGCUUACAUGACUCAAACAGUAAAGUAAAUCAGGUUGCUCUGGAGACCAUGCACAAAAUGAUUCCAUUGCUGAAAGACAAUUUAUCACCUGUGAUCAACAUGUUAAUUCCUGCCAUGGUAGACAACAACCUGAACUCCAAAAAUCCAGGGAUUUAUGCAGCUGCCACAAAUGUUAUUCAGGCUUUAUGCCAACACUUAGACAACUAUUUGCUCCUCCAGCCAUUCUGUACAAAAGCCCAGUUUCUGAAUGGAAAAGCAAAACAAGACAUGACAGAAAAGCUUGCUG